GACAAUACCGUACUUUUCGACGACUCUGCAUGCAAAAAUCCGCUUGGUACCGAAAAACAAACGCAGCGCAUACCCAUCAUCCGUACCUAAUCAAUUCAAUUAUAUCUCUCCCGCAACAAUCCUCCAGACACACUCGCAGGGAAGGCAGCCCAUAAUUGACAAAGACUUUCAUCCCUUAUAUAUACCCUCCGACAAAAAGUCACUCUCCCGGCAUAAUUCCCAGGAUUAGCCCUGACAUCCCCUCUAUCCAAACAUCAACCUUCUUCCCUCCUCGCAACUCUCAACUCUUUAUACCGCUCGCGCGCAUUCAUUCCGCACCCUCGCAGACGCGCACUCAGACAGUCGCGGCGGCGACGUUAUCGUCCCGCGUUUUAAGCUGUCCCUCAGCGCGCGGCGACGGCGAGUCCCGAUAAGGGGCCGAGAGUCUUCAAAAGAACGUCCCGGAUGACAGCUUUAUGACGGGGACAAAGCCGCUAAUUAAUUAGGGAGCGAGUUGCGACUUGGUUGUCUGCGAGAUAAGCAAAGUUUCGAGGAGCUACAGGCUCGCACUCUUUCCGUUUGUCUUUUGCGCGAUUUACUUGCUUGCGGGAGGGCUAUUAUUGCUUUAUCGAGCGUAACUUUUCGAUUUACGUAUGAUAAUAGUCGAGUGUUGAGAACGUUUCUUGUAGUUUAAUUGGAAGUUAGAAGAGACGCGUUUGAAUUUGCCGGGCAAUAUGGCCGCCGACCAAUCGACUGCUUUCCCGCGUUUUCGCGCGGAGCAGCGGCUCGAUGGCAGCAUGCGGUUGAUGUUGUACUCGCGUGUCAGGUCAGUCGCCGCUAUGCAGUGUUUUUGUUGUGAUACGUGCAUGAUUUUGACGUUUAUCGAGUGAACAAAGUUUAUCUGUCGGUGCAGUUGUUGUUGGUGUCGAGCCGAGAGAAGUCCUAUGGCGAGAUUUUUGUUGACAGCUUGCUUACCAAGUUUUUGUUAAGCAUUUGCCGAUAUUGGGUUGGUUUUUCACGGCAAAAAGUAUUUUUUUCAACAGUUAGAGAACGAUAAUCAGUCAAAAUGACAGCUGCAGCACUUCAGAUAUCAGAUGUGAUUUACGCUGAGUUAACAGCAACCUGUGAUGCUCUUGGUUACAACGAUGGAAAUAAGUUUCUCUUGGACAAAAAUGCUAUAGAGGUCCUCAAAGACUUGAUCAGAUAUCUGAAAAGGGAUGACGAUAUUCAUUCUGUUCGACGUUAUCUUGGACAUUCAAAAUUACUACAAAGAGAUUUACUGAAAAUAUUUGUAGAGCAUGUCAACAAAACAGAGUUGUGGAAUGUACUUUUGAGAUUAUUGAUCAACUUGACCAGUCCUGCAUUGAUGGUAUACAAUGAGGAACUUCCAUCAGAAAAAAUUACUCGGAGUUAUUAUCUCCAGAUACUGUCGCAUCUACAAGAGUACAAGAGUGCUAUGGCAAAUGAUGCAGUUUGGGGUAUUAUACACGAAAAGAUGAAGAAUAUUUUAACCAUCGAAAGUGAAGAGCGAGGAGAAGAGAAUGAGAUGAUAAUGGAAAGGAUACUCACUCUGAUACGGAAUGUAUUACGAGUACCUGCAAGUGACUCUGAAAACAGAACAGAUAAUGAUACAUCCAUUCACGAUGAGGUAUUAUUUGCUCUCAACACAACUGGUGUAACUGAACUACUUGUGUACAUUGCCAGCUCUAGUAAAGAGCAGCAAUACCAUAUGCAAAUAUUAGAAAUAAUUGCAUUCAUGCUGCAAGGUCAGAAUCCUGCGAGGCUUGCCAGAGUUGGACUGCAGCGCAGUAAUCAUGAGAAAGAAGCUGAAGAAGCAAGACUUGUGCUCAUGCGACAAAAAGAGCAAGCUGAAAAGCUGGCCAAAAUGAAGAAAUAUGCUGGAUCGAGACACUCGAGGUUCGGAGGUACCUACGUCGUGCAGAACAUGAAGGCGAUCGGGGACAACGAGAUGAUCUGCCACAAACCUUAUCAGAAAAUUGAGGACCUGAACUUUAGCGUUACAAAGCAAAAAACGAAGAAGCGGAAGAACAAGAACGAGCUGAUGAGCCUCGGCGAGGAGCGCAUCUCAGCCCUCUCGGUCCGGCUCUUUCUCAAGGAGUUCUGCGUGGAAUUCUUGAACGGCGCCUACAACCCUGUGAUGCGCUACGUCCGGUCUUGCAUCAACGGCACCGGCGCCGUCGCCUCCGACGCUAGUCACUACCUCUGGGCCCUGCGCUUCUUCAUGAACUUCAACCGCCAUUACAACUUUCGCGUGAAAUACGUGAGCGAAACGAUAUCCACGGAAGUGUUCUAUCUCGUGCAAAGGCAAAUUGAACACAAUUAUGAGAUGAUCUUGAGUGAUAAAAAGAAAGCGGCUUUCUGGUCAACGAGGAUGCACUUGGGUAUCAACGCCUAUCAGGAGUUGCUGCUUACUUUGAUCGAAAUGGACAAGAGCAAAGAUGACGGAGUGAAACGAUCCAGCCGCGCCAUAAUGGGAAAUAUCUUCUACGUGCCAGAGUACCGUGACACGAUACUCUCCCAGCUACUGAACUACAACGAGUUAACAAUGUCAAGGGAUUACUUGGUGGAUCUCGUAACUACCGUACACAUCUUCUUGAAGAUGUUGAAGAACUUUUGCGAGAAGGAGCGCAACGUUGUCGUACAGAAAGUGAAACGAAAGAAGCCGAAGAAAAAAUCGAAGUCGGCGAACAAAGCAGCAACACAGCCUGCGGCACCACUGCCAAGCCUGGAAGAGAGGUGGGACGACGUGGGGCCGGAAGUAUCGGCCGUUAUGCAGCAAAAUGAGAUACCGGUAGUGGCACCUUUCGACGGUGCAAGCGAGGUUCCCAUAGACGAUCAGAAGGGCGACGCGAUGAAGAGGAUCCAGAAGCUGCUGCGCUGCAAGGACUACGAGCAGGCGAUCGGACUUCUGCGCUCGGCAAGGGAAGUCUGGCCGGAGAACGACAGCUUCGGCAAAGCCAACCUAUCCGUGGAGGAGGAGUUCCUGGUGCUGCGGGAGAUCUUCUUCGCCGAGCUCGGUGUUCCGGACGAGGUGCCUGGGACUCAGGGCAGUGGUAAUCAGGUCGAGGGUCUGCUGAACUACGAAGACGAGGAGGAUGACGACGAGGAGAACGAAGAGGAGGAGGAGGAGACGCGGUUCGAGGAGACGAGCUUCAAGUUCAUGGAUUUCCUCCAGCGAUUCGCAAACUUGAGGGUCGUGAGCAACCUGGCCAUCCUCCUGAAGAACUUCGAGAGGAACACACCGGAGCUCAACCACUACGUUCUCAAAAUGUUCCACCGGAUUGCCCUGGACUGCAAAAUGCCCGCUAUGCUGUACCAGGCUUCGAUAUUCCGCGUCUUCCAGAGGGUCUUCCAAUCCGACAGCCGAGUUCACAAGGAAUUAGCGUCGUUCGCGCGCUUCGUGUUCCGGGGCUUCGCGGAAGUGGCUUCGCGCAAUCCCAAGGCCUACAUGGAGCUGCUGUUCUGGAAGUCGACGAAACAGGCGACGGAGAUGGUGGAUGGCUACGACGCGGAGCCACAGGCGAAGAAGUCGAAGAGCGCCUGGUCCGAGGAGGAGGAGGAUGAGCUGCGGACCCUCUUUAUGGAGCAUCAAACCAACAAACCCAGCCAGGACGUGGUCGACUACAUUCUCAGCAAUCUGAUAAGCCAGGAUCGCACGAGGCGAGGAGUCAUGAAGAAGCUCAAAGAGAUGUACCUCAUCGUCAAUUCCAAGAGCGUCAGGAGCGAAGUCUCGAAGCGGCUGCCGAAAGAAUGGUCCGAGGAGGAAGUGGCCCAGCUGACGGAACUGUGGGAACAAGUCAGGGAAGAAGAUGAUCCCGUUGGCCUGAUAUACGACAGUUUGAGAAUAAAGAGAUCGAAACCGAAGAUCAAGGAGAAACUUUUGGAACUCAAUCUGGCCGAGGACGCAAAGCAGCUGAGAAAGAAGCGAACGAAGAAGAGCUCGGGGCCGAAAUCAUCGUGGGAGAAUGCAUCGGCCAGUGAGGAUGAGGAUGGUUCGGGCUCUGAUGAGGACGAGGAUGGCGAUGGCGGAGUAAGCGGAUCCGAUGCGGGAAAAAAGAAAAAGAAGAAGGAAAAAUCGAGGAAAGAGAGGAAGAAGUCCAAACAGCCGGCGAUCGUUUACACCGACGCUCAGCUAUCGGGAUUAUUGAAGGACGUCAUCGCUAACAACUUGCAAGAAGCGUUGCAGUGGCUUAAGGAGUCACUGGAAGAGUCCCUGGAGGACCGCGACGAGGAGAGCCACGAAGGCUUGGCGCUCGUGCCGCUAACCGCUGAGACGUCAGCUGCGAUGGACUCGCCGAACUUCCAGCGCUUUCUUAGAGGCGCCGGCAUUGAACCGCCAGAUCUCGAGGAGGCUUAUUGGCGCAUACCCGCGAGUAUGCUGGUGACUACCGUCAAAAAGCGAAUCGAGAUCAUUGAUAAAGCACUAAAGGGCGAAUUCGUCGAAGAGGUAGUGGUGGCAAGCCGGAGAAGGGGUGAGUCGGAGAGCGACGAAGACGACGACGAUUUCUUCGAGAGGCUCAAGAAGUAUUCUAAGAGAAACGACGGCGAUGCAGAGUCUGCACCGUCGACUUCGCAAAAAUCAGCAUCGAGUAAAUCCGCGGCUAGAAAAGUCGAUGAAAAUCCUGAGAGCCCCAAAUCCGACAAGGAAAAUCAUGACACUGAAAAUGAAAUACUGUCAUACGGUAAUGCGAAGCGAAGUGAUUCAGAGGAGGAAGAGGAUAAAACAAGCCCCACUACGAAAUCUCCGGAUGAAGAAAAAAAAACGAAGCCGAAAAGAAUCAAAACAGUACUCGAUUUAUCAGAUUCUGAAGACGAGCGCCAGCCAUCUCAGGAAGAGAAUAACGAUGAUGCGAUUCGUACUGAUUCUUCUCAAGAUAAAACUAGCAAAUCAAAAAGAGUACUUGAAUCUGACUCGGAGGAGGAAAAGAUGGAAACCGAAAGUCAAUCUCAAACUGACGUUCGAAGUAAAAUUGAACCGAAGGAAGGAAGCGCCAAAUCCAGUCGAAUACGAAAAGUUUUGGACUCGGAUUCCGAAGAAGAGGCCGAGAAACUUCCGCAGGAUGCAGAUGAAUCGUCGCUUGAAGCUAAGAGAACUCGUUCAGAGAAUUCUGACAGCGAAACUCCAAUGCAAAAGAAACGACGUGUACUCGAUAGCGACGAAGAAGAUGACUUCGUUAAGGAAGCCGAAAAACCAGUAGAAAAGAAACGAUCCCGGGUGUUGAGCGACGACGAGGAAUAAGUGAAUGUGAUAGAUACUUUACUUAUGGCUAAGAAAAUUGAGUUAAUAUAAAAAGUAAAGUUGUUUAAGGCAGCGAAAGAGUAUCUUGUAGCUGCUGCCACCUGUAGGCCGUAGGUGAAACCUAACGGCAAAAAGCAAGUCUAUUUUCAUAAUUAUUGUAAACGAUUAUUACUUGUUAAAAUGCUUUCAAUUCUUUA